AUGAUAUCCCGUCCUACCAUCGCACCUAACACGCAAUUCCACGUCCUCUCCACGCUCCUCCUUCUCACACUCGCAUCCCCCGCCACCUCCCUCGUUCUCCAAAACAUCACCAUAGCCCUCCCAGCCGGCUCCUCAGACCAUGGAACCCCAGGCCUCCUCUGCACACCAGCUAAACCCUUCGAUUUACUAACCUUCUACCUACUAAACUAUGUAGCGCACGCUGCUACCGUUGUGACACAACCUGGUGAGCGCGCAGACGAUUAUGUCGCUGGCGUGAUAGGAUCAUUGCUGUUCGCGCCGUUGGGACUAUAUAGAGGCAUCGAAGCUAUACUGUGUGGCGCAGUGUUUGUCAAGAAAGAUGACGAUUUGAGGAAAGCGGCGAGGAGCGGGGCGUUGUGUUGUGUGGUGCGAGGCGCGGAUUGGAGACCUGUAGAUGGCGAUGCGGUGACGAAUGUGGUACUGAAGAGGGCAGUACCAGAUGCCACGACAGUUUCUCGGGGUGAGAAGGAGGAUGGACAGACAAAGGAGAAAGAUAUUCAUGUCAUCGUUUACCCUCCUCCGUACAUGUGUACGCGUUUUGGAUGUCCCGUCUACGUCCACCGUCGUAUCGUUCAUGGAACCCACUCCCUCCCACCCGGCUACCUGUUUGUCAUUGUACCUCACGACGCGCAAUUCACCUCAUCUUCGCCUUCAGCAUCGGCAGAUCCGCCCACGAUCGAAGUCUCAGCUACAUACAACGUAGUCAAAGCUCUCAUCGCCCUUGCCCAGUCCGGGUAUGCCCUCAGCACUCUCUAUCGUUCGCGGGGCGACCAGAUCCGUCAGUUUGGAUAUGCAGCCUUUGGUCUUACGGUUGCUCCUUACGCUGUCAUGUCCAUUAUGAAUCUCAUGGGAAACCUCUGCCGACCAGAAUAUCCCAGCUUGUAUAUGAUCGAAAGCAGCAUCAUGGACGAAGCGCGGAAGCGCGGCGGCAUCUUCUCUGGUGCAGUAGGCCAAGUGGAUGAAGACAAGCAUGUGGCGGAGAGUAUUUGUGCCUGUCAUAUCGCAGAUGGCGAGGAUGUUGAGGAUUUGCGCUUUUCUAGUAACGAAGCUGGCAGCGUGGAAGCGCACUUCAGCACCAUUGAUCCAUUCCAAUACACCCUACAUGCGGAGAAACAGAAGAAUGAAAAUGGCGCCCUCGAACUCGAACACACCGCAUCCACGGUUGAGACGAAGAUAUCAGCGGUCUCACAAUCCGCCAACCUUUCCAUGAUAAGGCAUACACAAGCCCUCGCCCCCAUUCCACUGAAACUGAACUACAUCAACACCCGCAAUGACGCCCUCCUCUUGAUCCCCAACCACACAUCCAUCGUCCGCUGCACCCCCUCGCCCUCCCCGAAGAAUCCACCACUUCAGCACUUCAUCUCCGCUAUCAAAUUGAAACGCACAUUCCUCUUCCUAAAGGACGUCUCAUGGACGCUAACCUUCCCCUCUUCCGCUUCCUCUACCCACGCGCGCCGUUGGUGGUGGAUAAAGUACACACUGACCACUUUCACCGCCCUCCUUCCAUUAGUCUUAACAGGUACGCUAUCAAAGUUUAAGCCUGGAUCGAUACCUGCAGAGGAGACGAUGACUUGGCGCAUCUACACGGUGCAAUGGUUGUGCCUUGGCGUGGUCACGGGGCUAUCAUGGGUGGUAGGUCAGGAGGGUAAGGACUCUAUGCCUAGUCUACGAGUGCAGGUAGGGCCUUGGGCGAGGAUUGUGGGGUAUGUCGUCACCGCGGGUCCAGCUGUCGGUGGUUACAUUGUGGUGGGUCAAAUGCUAUAUCGAUAUGGGUCUUGUGUAUGGAUUGGUGACUGA